CCAGUGACGUUCCCGAGCAUGACGUCAGUGCGGGAGGAGGAGGAGGAGGAGGAGGAUGCGCCAUUUUGAAAGUGGAAGGAGAGAGGAGGAUCAGAGAGGCAGGGGAGCGCUGAGCUUCACAAUCCAUCCCCAUCCUCAUUGAGUGCCAGCGUUCACUACACACAGCCUGGCGAAAGUAGCGCUCGCAGACACGCAGUCAGCGCCAGGGACAGCCGUAAGCACACCAUGGCAGGAGGCGGGGGUAAUGAUGUGCAGUGGUGCUUCUCUCAGGUGAAGGGGGCCAUCGACGAUGACGUUGCUGAAGCUGAUAUUAUUUCGACAGUGGAGUUCAAUCACUCUGGAGAGCUGCUGGCGACGGGCGACAAGGGAGGCAGAGUCGUCAUCUUCCAGCAGGAGCCAGAGAAUAAGAGCCAGCCGCAGUGCCGAGGAGAGUACAACGUUUACAGCACCUUCCAGAGUCACGAGCCGGAGUUCGACUACCUGAAGAGCUUGGAGAUCGAGGAGAAGAUCAACAAGAUCCGCUGGCUGCCCCAGAAGAAUGCAGCGCAGUUCCUGUUGUCCACAAACGAUAAAACUAUAAAGCUGUGGAAGAUCAGUGAACGAGACAAGAGACCAGAGGGGUACAACCUGAAAGAGGAGGAUGGGAGGUACAGGGACCCCACCACAGUCACAACACUACGGGUGCCGGUAUUCCGGCCCAUGGAUCUCAUGGUGGAAGCGAGUCCUCGCAGGGUGUUUGCGAACGCGCACACCUACCACAUCAACUCCAUCUCCGUCAACAGCGACUACGAGACCUACCUGUCUGCGGACGACCUGCGCGUCAACCUCUGGCACCUGGAGAUCACUGACCGCAGCUUCAAUAUUGUCGAUAUCAAGCCGGCCAACAUGGAGGAGCUGACGGAGGUGAUCACGGCCGCAGAGUUCCACCCCAACCAGUGCAACACCUUCGUCUACAGCAGCAGCAAGGGCACCAUCCGGCUGUGCGACAUGAGAGCGUCGGCACUGUGCGACAAGCACUCCAAACUGUUUGAGGAGCCAGAGGAUCCCAGCAACAGGUCGUUCUUCUCUGAAAUCAUCUCCUCCAUUUCGGACGUCAAGUUCAGUCACAACGGACGCUACAUGAUGACAAGGGACUACCUGUCUGUCAAGAUCUGGGACCUGAACAUGGAGUCUAGGCCGGUGGAGACCUACCAGGUUCACGAGUACCUCAGGAGUAAGCUGUGUUCGCUGUAUGAGAACGACUGUAUUUUCGACAAGUUUGAGUGCUGCUGGAACGGGAAUGACAGCGUGGUGAUGACCGGCUCCUACAACAACUUCUUCCGCAUGUUCGACCGCGGGCAGAAGAAGGACGUGACCCUGGAGGCGUCGCGGGAGAGCAGCAAGCCGCGCGCAGUGCUGAAGCCGCGCAAGGUGUGUGGCGGGGGCAAGAGGAAGAAGGACGAGAUCAGCGUGGACAGCCUGGACUUUAACAAGAAGAUCCUGCACACCGCCUGGCACCCCCAGGAGAACAUCAUCGCGGUGGCCACUACCAACAACCUGUACAUAUUCCAGGACAAACUGAACUGACCUCCCGUCCGAGGGGGGGGGGGGGGGGGGGUAAUAAAGACCAACCCGGGGGAGAGGGGGGAUACAACAGAGUGCCCACUUUCUGUAUUGUCAGUCUAGCCGAACUGUAGCCUUUGUGUGUGGGGAGGGGAGGGGAGGGGAGGGGAUGGGAUGGAUGUUUCCAUGCAGCUAGCUCUUGGUUUUUUCAUUUUGUGCCAUUUUUCAUUUCUGCUCAUUUUUUUUUUUUAAUGGUUAUAAAUAUUAUUUUGACACGUGGAUGUUGUUUUUGGGCCUCAACACGCCCCUCUCCCCUUUUGCUCGAACCCCUGUGCGACAGCCUCGCUCCUCACUCCCUCACCAGCCUCUAUAGCUGGGGCAGAACCCAGUUUGCCAAUACCUCCCCCCUCCUGCUCUCCGUUGCAAAGACACACGGUUCAUUAAUCUCAUCCCAGCUGUACAAAAGGGGGACUUUUUUUAAAUGAUAUAAAAAAUUCUACAAAUCUAACGGUCAUUGUUUUCGUCCACUACUGUUAGCUGUAGAUGAGGGGCAGGUGUUUCUUGUUCGGCUGGUUUAACUGAUCUGAGCAGCGGCCAGAGAGACCAAGUAGCCGUGCAUGCAGUGCUGCUGGAUGGGCUGUUGAUAACUGGUGUGUGUUUGGUGUCUGGCUGGACCUGUCCUGCACGACGGCACCCCUCUCCCCUCCACAGCAGGACAGCUUGACUGUUUCGACACUUCGCUGACCGCUGCCCAGCUCCGGACAGGUCCGCGGUCUGGCCUUCAUGGAGGGGAAAAAAAUAAGUCAGUCCCUCUUAUGAUUUUUUUUUUUUUUUACCUCUUCAAGCCAAACUUAAAAUUAUUAAACAAUAAUAAUAAUAUUAAUAAUAAACUGUACUUUACAAAAACAAGUAAAUCUUUUUUUUUUAUAAAAA